AUGACCCCAGUUCACUUUGCUUUCUCAUCAGCCUUCAUCCUAGGACUAACAGGCCUGGCAUUCCACCGCACCCAUCUUCUCUCCGCUCUUUUAUGUCUGGAAGGAAUAAUGCUUUCUCUAUUUAUUGCCCUCUCCCUUUGAACUCUGCAAUUAGACUCCACAAACUUCUCAGCAGCUCCUAUACUUCUAUUGGCAUUUUCAGCAUGCGAAGCAAGCGCAGGCCUUGCCCUUCUCGUAGCCACAGCCCGAACCCACGGAACCGACCGAUUACAAAACCUUAAUCUCCUACAAUGCUAA